GUCAGGUAUAUUUACACUCUUAGAACGGAUGUGUUAACUUUUGUGCGUUAUGCUUUUAACACAUUACAGUAUGUGUAAUUUGAACACAUUUUGUGUCAUUUUGUGUUAAUUUUGUGUUUAAAUAUAAAACAAGUUGUGUUAUAAGUAACACAAAAUGUGUUGUUUUAAUAAUAACACAGAGAUGGGUGAAUUCUGGGACAACGCAUUUAGCGUGUCGUCCCAGAAUCAACACUAAUGUGUUGUUUUUAACACAUUUGUUCUAAUAGUGUACUGAAAACAAGAAUAACACAAAAAAUAUAGCUUGUAUUGUUGCGUUACUUAUGAACUAUGACCCUGGGGGUGUCGAAAGUAACAAUGUGCAAACUAGAGACAUUUACAUUAAUUGAACAUUAUGUACAAAAUACCACCUGGUAUUGACCGAUCACACUUGUGAGUUAUUUACCACAGCAAAAAUAUAUAUCUGUCUUAAAACAUUAUCUUAUAAAAAAUCCCCUAUUCAACAUGUGACAGAUGAAAAAUUGUGUAAUAAAAUUCUAAGAAACUAAAAUAGGAACUGUGAAAAACACAAUCAUUUUAGAUGUAAUCAGUUUUCAUAAGAAUGUAUAUGCAUUCCUGGAAUUGGGUGCCUUUAUCCUGCCUUUCAUUUCAAAAUAAUCCUCACUGCCACUUUUGAUUCAUGCAUGCAGGAUUCAGACUAAAUCAGGAUGUUGACCACUACAGCUCUUAUUCUCAUUGUCACCACUAAAGUUGUCCUAGGACAGGAUGACAGAUUGCCUGUUGAAGGAGAAAUAUUGCCAUUGGAUAUGGCAGUGAAUUCAGUUGAUGACCUGUAUGAUGGCUGUACAGCGGACAUGAACCUUCUGGUGAUAAAGAAAUAUCUAAACCAAGAACUCUAUUUGGAGAGGCUUGGAAAUGUUUGGAAAGAAUGUUUAGAUAGAUUCCCUCAACCAGUAAAUAACUUGACUCGUAAUAAUUUAGCUGCCAUUUGUAUGUACACUGGUGAAUCAGUAUACAGAAAAUUCAAUCAGAAUGUUCGGACUGGUAAAAAAAAGUAUAAAAUUGAUAUGCACAAGAGAAAUGCAUGGACAUGGCAUUCACUUGAUUUUUUGUUGAGUAAAGCGAUACAGAUUCUUAAGGAAACACAACAGGGAUGUAAAUAUACUUAUCGUGGUACCGGACUUAAUUUUAGAGAGGAUGUUCUGAACAAAGAGAUUCGUUUUGGCUCAUUUGCAUCCUCCUCUUUUGAUCGUGAAGUAGCAAAAGGGUUUGGAGGCGAAUCUUGUUUUGAAAUCAAAACUUGUGGAGGUGCUGAUGUGUCAAAAUACUCUGAGUAUUCUGAUGAGAAAGAGGUACUGAUUCCUCCAUAUGAAAAGUUUAAAGUCACUGCUAUCAAGAAGGAUGACUGGUGUAAGACUGUAUUUGUGUUAAGCAGCACAGGAAUAAGAAGUGACUUAAACUGUGCAUUAGUGGCAUCAUCAAUUAAGCCCCAGAAGGGCCUAUGUGACACAUACCCAGUUUUCGCAAUAAAAAUGUGUCACAAUACAAAAAACUUUCUUCGAUGCUUACAAAGGAGUUGCAAUUUCAAAAGACUACAAGACAACCAGCGUAAUUCUACAAUUAUUAUUCUUACUAAGCCAAGUGUUAUAAUAAUAAUAAUACUUGUUGUUGUUGUUCUUAUAAUGAUGAUGAUAAUAACUUUUUGUCAUGCACAUAGUAUGCAUCCCUGAAAUCAAACAAGCCUGAUGUAACCCUUUGAUAUAAUGAAGAAGAUGUCAAAUAUGUAAAAG